AUGGACAUCGACCCAGCUAGGCGCAACAAGAAGCCCCGUCUCCUCUUGGAGACGGAGCGCGAGAAGCUUGAUGAAUUUGUGGAUUCCAUUCACUACUCGGCAAGGUCAGGACCCAAUGCCAUUGCGAUAGACUCUCCAUUGACUCCAUAUAGAUAUAACGAUGACAAAUUCGAAUACCGCCAUGUGCAGCUCCCAAAGAACAUGCUCAAAAAAAUCCCCACAGACUACUUCGACAGCUCUAAGGGGACUCUGAAAUUGCUUUGGGAGGAGGAAUGGCGAGCUCUGGGUAUUACACAAAGCUUGGGGUGGGAGCAUUACGAGGUGCAUGAACCCGAACCUCAUAUUUUAUUGUUCAAGCGCCCUCUUAACUACCAACCCCCUCUGCAACAAUAA